AAAAUGAAAGUGCAACUGAUUUUAGAACUAAGCAAUCGCAUAGUACUGCGAUCUGUGCUACCCAAAACAAGUUCGCUAUGAUGAUAUCUCAAGUUGGUUUAACUUCAAGUGAUGAAGCGAAUAUGUCAUCUGUUAACAAAGAUACCCCUGAAUUAUCUCCAACUUUCGCUGAAUAUGAUAUUGAGUUGUUGAAUCCGUCACAAAAUCAUCAAGGGAAAGAAAACUCUGGAUAUGUUGAAAACUAUGAUAAGCUUUCUAAUAA